AUGAACAAGCUCUCGUUCAGGCCGAGGGCCUUGGAAAUUACCAAGCCCUUGCCUGUUUACAGGAGUGAGGAGCUCCCAGAUUUGCCAGAAUAUUCGGCAAUCAAUAGAGCUGUUCCUCAAUUACCCAGUGGAAUGGAUAAAGAAGAAGAAUGUGAACAUCAUCUUCAACGGGCAAUCGUCACUGGUCUAAUCAUCCCCACUCCAGAAGUCUCAAUAAUGGAAGAUAGAGAAGCAUUCGAACGACUCUAUCCAGCCAAUUAUAAACCACCUAGACAACUGAUUCAUAUGCAACCAUUUUCAAUGGAGGAGGAUGUUCCAGACUAUGACAUUGACUCUGAAGAUGAAAAAUGGCUUUCGAAACAAAAACUUGACAUCACUCCUUUAAAAUUUGAGGAAAUGAUGGACAGGCUCGAAAGUAACUGGACUCAAAACUUCGCCUCACAAAAUAGAAAAGAGCUUCUCCUCAAAGAUGACGACGAGCUCUCGAUAGCUAUCUUCGACUAUUGGCUUAGUAAACGACUCGCUAAGCAACCUCAGCCAUUGGUACCUUGUGUCCGAACGGAAGCCAACAAUAGGGUAUUGGGUGGCAGUGGUAACGCUAACUCUGAUAACAACCCUUACCUGGCGUUUCGUAGAAGGACAGAAAAAAUGCAGACCAGAAAGAAUCGUAAGAAUGACGAAAUGUCUUAUGAGAAAAUGGUCAAGCUGAGAAGAGAUCUAUCGAGAGCGUUACAACUCCUUGAUCUAGUCAAGCGGAGGGAGUCGGCAAAAAAGGAGUUACUGAAGCUUUCUAUACAGUUAUACGAAAAGAGGUACGAAGCUAAUGACUUCUCUGGAAGCAUAUUGAAUGAAGUUUCAACCUUCAAGACUGUGAGGCCUGCUUUCGCUCCAAUAUAUUCGAACCAGUACAACUCUUCUACACACAAUCAUCAUGCUCCCUCGUGGCCCCUCAAACCUCCCAAGGAGGAUCUUAAUACUGUAAGGAAAGAAAAAAGACAGUAUAAGAAAAGGAAACAUAAAGGAGGGACGAGCAGCAGUAGCGUAGGCCCCGCUGCUAACAGUACUGCUGGCGGUGGCGGCGCAGCCUCUUCUGCCGAGGAAGAUGUAGAAAGCCCUGUCUCUCCCCAAUUAGCCUUUCCUUUCCAUAGGACGCCUUUGACGACGUAUCAUGCGGCUGUAAAAGGUGGAGGUAUUGGAAACUGGAAUUGGACUAGUCCCGAAGAAGGUGGAGCUGGAGAAGAGCGCUACAGGUUUAGUCUAGCAACUUUAUCCUUCCCCCAGCCUACGUGUGUCGGUCUCGUCAGGCGGCGGGUUGGCAGAGGUGGCAGGGUUAUCCUUGACCGGGCUGGACCCUCAAUGGAUGACUAUUGGUCUUCGUUAGACUUCAAAAUUCAAGAUAGUGCCAGUGGACCUAAACCUCCAAUACCAUGUUCACGGUACUAUAAACCUAAGCCACCUUGCGAUCCUUCCCCUGCUGUUACGGAAGCAGAGGACGAUUUGAAGUCAGGAUCUAUCUGCCUAACUGUUGAAUCAUUAACAGAUUGUGAAUCUACGACGGUAGAAUUAGAUCUUGGCGAGCUGUUUCCAGAUUUGGAAAUACCAACCUCCGGAUCGACAGCUAGCAUGAUCAUCGACCCCCCAGCUGAAACGGGUUCUUCGAGGUUUUUGUCAGAUCCUGCUGCAGCGAUAGCAGAAAGGUUACAACCUCCUCCACCUGCUACUACCCAAAAUGGACCUACUAAUCACAGCGAUUAUGGUGGUAGUGGGAUUUGGAAUAGCAGUGGCUGUAAAUGGAGUAAUAGCGUUCCGGGUAAUGGUACGGCGAACACCUCACCAGUCCAUCUUAACACAAAAUACGCAUCGAGAACAUCGACAACGACACAGCUCAAUAGUGAGAGCAGUGAAGUUCAUAAAAGAAGUGGAGCGAUCGAAGCAGUUGUCCAUACACAGCCGAUGGAGGUCACCUGA